CGUCAUCGUUAUCAUCAUCGUCAUCGUCAUAGUCAUUGUCAUCGUCAUCGUCAUUGUCUUCGUCAUUGUCAUCGUCAUCGUCAUCCUUGUCAUCGUCUUCGUCAUCAUCAUCGUCAUCGUCAUUGUCUUCGUCAUUGUCAUCAUCAUCAUUGUCAUCAUCUCAUCAUUGUCAUCAUCGUCAUCGUCAUUGUCUUCGUCAUUGUCAUCAUCAUCAUUGUCAUCAUCGUCAUCGUCAUUGUCUUCGUCAUUGUCAUCAUCAUCAUCAUCGUUAUCAUCAUCAUCGUCAUCGUCAUCAUCUUUGUCAUCGUCAUCCUCAUCAUCGUCAUCAUCGUCAUCGCCAUCAUCGUCAUCGUUAUUGUCUUCGUCAUUGUCAUCAUCAUCAUUGUCAUCAUCGUCAUCGUCAUCGUCAUCGUCAUCAUCGUCAUCUUCAUCGCUAUCGUCAUCGUCAACGUCAUCGUUAUCGUCAUCAUCGUCAUCGUCAUUGUUAUCGUCAUCGUCAUCCUCAACGUCAUCGCGGGUUUCUCCCCCCACCGAGACUCCCUAUUUGCCCCCCAAGAUAUUUUUACCCCCCUGA